GGCGGGAAAUCGACAAUUGGGGCAGUUGACUGAGUUGAGUUUGUCGUGUCGAAUACCGUUGAGAUUCUGAGUCUCCUCAUUCUAUUCAACGUAUUCCUGUUUAUUUCUUACACAAAGUUGUUCCCUUUUUAAGUGUGAGUUUUGAACUAAGAUUGUAAGGAUGUACGUCCUAAAGAGAAACGGCAAGAAAGAGCGAGUGAUGUUUGAUAAAAUCACGUCGCGCAUUUCGAAGCUUUGUUACGGACUCCAUCAGGAAUUCGUUGACCCAACGCAGAUAACUAUGAAGGUAUAUGUCAUUACUAAUUUAACUGUGCUUCUAAUAAUUCUGGUUACAAACCGCAUCAUCAAUGUGUACAACAUACUGGUCGAAUUCUCUAACCUCAAUGAUAACCCCAGCAAACAUUCACCUAUGAUAGCAGACGACAUUUUUAAGAUUGUUGUGGAUAACGCAGAGAAACUCGACUCUGCUAUCAUAUAUGACCGUGACUUCAAAUACCACUACUUUGGCUUUAAGACACUGGAGCGCUCAUACCUCCUUAAGAUAAAUGGCAAGGUGGCGGAGCGUCCCCAGCAGAUGCUCAUGAGGGUGUCCGUCGGGAUCCACCAGAGGGACAUCGACAGCGCCAUCGAGACGUACAACCUGCUGUCGGAGAAGUGGUUCACGCACGCGUCGCCGACGCUCUUCAACGCCGGCACGCCGCGUCCGCAGCUCUCCAGCUGCUUCCUGCUGACGAUGAAGGACGACAGCAUCGAGGGCAUCUACGACACGCUGAAGGAAUGCGCGCUCAUAUCGAAGUCCGCAGGAGGCAUCGGCGUCAACAUACACAACAUCCGCGCCUCGGGAAGCUACAUCGCCGGCACCAACGGCUGCUCGAACGGCCUCCUUCCCAUGCUGCGAGUCUUCAAUAACACGGCGAGGUACGUCGACCAGGGCGGCAACAAGCGUCCGGGCGCCUUUGCGAUGUACCUCGAGCCGUGGCACGCGGACAUCUUCGAGUUUCUCGACUGCAAGAAGAACACCGGGAAGGAGGAACAGCGAGCGAGAGACCUGUUCUACGGGCUCUGGAUCCCGGAUCUGUUCAUGACGAGGGUCGAACUCAAUCAGGACUGGUCUCUCAUGUGUCCGGCGGAAUGCCCGGGCUUGGCCGACUGCUGGGGCGACGAAUUCGAAGCUCUCUACACCAAGUACGAAAAGCAGGGCAAAGUGAGAAGGACGAUCAAAGCACAGCAGCUGUGGUACGCCAUCAUGGAAUCGCAGACGGAAACGGGAACUCCCUACAUGCUCUACAAGGACGCGUGCAAUCGCAAGUCGAACCAGCAGAACCUCGGCACCAUUAAGUGCAGCAACCUGUGCACGGAAAUCGUCGAGUACUCGUCGCCCGAUGAGACGGCCGUCUGCAACCUCGCCUCGGUCGCGCUCAACAUGUACGUGCGCGCGGACAAGACGUACGACUUCCGCAAGCUGAAGGACGUGACGAAGGUCAUCACGCGCAACCUCAACAAGAUCAUCGACAUCAACUUCUACCCGGUUGAGGAGGCGCGCCGAUCGAACAUGCGCCACCGUCCGAUCGGCAUCGGCGUUCAGGGUCUCGCCGACGCGUUCAUCCUCAUGCGCUUGCCGUUCGAGAGCGAGCAAGCCCAGCUGCUCAACAAGCAGAUAUUCGAGUCGAUAUACUACGGCGCGCUGGAGGCGAGCUGCGAGCUCGCGGAGAAGCUUGGCCCCUACGAGACGUACGCCGGCUGCCCCGUCAGCAAGGGCGUCCUGCAGUACGACAUGUGGGGCGUGACCCCCACCGACCUCUGGGACUGGAGCGCGCUCAAGGCGAAGAUCGCCGCUCACGGCGUCCGCAACAGCCUGCUGCUCGCGCCGAUGCCGACCGCGUCGACGGCACAGAUCCUCGGCAACAAUGAGUCGAUCGAGGCGUACACGAGCAACAUCUACUCGCGGCGCGUGCUCUCCGGCGAGUUCCAGAUCGUCAACCACCACCUGCUGAAGGACCUCACCGAGUGCGGCCUGUGGGACGACCACAUGAAGAACCGCAUCAUCGCCGAGAACGGCUCCGUUCAGAACGUCGAGGAGAUCCCGGACGACCUGAAGCAGCUCUACAAGACCGUCUGGGAGAUCUCGCAGAAGACGAUAAUCAACAUGGCUGCCGAUCGCGGCGCCUUCAUCGACCAGAGUCAGUCACUGAAUAUUCACCUCGCCGAGCCGAAUUACGCCAAGCUUACCAGCAUGCACUUCUACGCGUGGAAGAAGGGCGUGAAGACCGGCAUGUACUACCUGCGCACAAAGGCCGCCGCGAGCGCGAUCAAGUUCACGGUGGACAAGCAGAGUUUGAAGACGAAACAGGUGAAGAAGGAGCAGACCGAAGAGGAAAAUGUAGCGGCCCUAGCCUGCUCGUUGGAAAACAAAGAUGCGUGUGUCAUGUGCAGUGGUUAACGUGUAUUACUUGGGCAAUUUGCAAUGAGCAAAGCAAGUUAAAUUAUUCCUUGCAAGUUAAGCAAUGUUCCUGAGAGAAAAACUGUCCAAGUUGAACGCAGAUAGUGCUGUGAUAUCUCUGCAGAAAAAUUAAUGAUAUUUCUGUGUAUUUAGAGGGAAUAAACAGGUUCAUUUCUGAGGGAUCCAAAAGGUCCUGCCAAGUGGGAUAUUUUGCAUCUGGGCUGCUGGGAUCCAUCUUUCCAUGGUGGGAAAUAUGGUCUGAAUUUGCUUAAUCCCCAAUCUGUUUUUUCAAAUCUGUUAAUCCCAAAGUUUUUUUCAGAUCUGCUUACAGGGGGCUGUAGUUGUUAUAGUGUUUAUUUACAGGUUUCUCUAGAAUAUUUGGCCGUACAGCUGUUAUUUUUUGCAAUGGCAUACUUGUAUUUAUAUCACCCUCAUUAUGCAUUGGCAUGGACAUUCUUUGUGGUCAAUCAAUGUCAGUGAUAAUGGGAAUUAAUAACUACAUUCUAUGACAUACUUGUUGCUAACUGGAUGCAACAACUGCAAAUCACACAUUUCCAAAUGAGGACCUGACACCAUAAUGCAUGUAUUACAUUGAGUAUCAUGUAGAUGUGACGUGAGUUAUUUGGUUACCAAUAGUUACCAAACCUAGUAGUCAGAAGAUUAUUGUUUGAUUUGACCCUCCCAACAAUAGGAAUCUUGUACAUUGGUAAUCAGUGUAAGUGUCCUACGCUAUUUGAUGUUUUUGUAUUGUAGUCCAUUAGUUGGUGUACAUAUUAAGUUUAGGUGAAUAGUAAUUUCACAGGUUUAAUAUUUAGUGGUCUUGGCAAUGUCGAAAUAUAACCUUACAUGCUUGUAUAUAGCUUAAAGUGCACAUCUUUGAGUUAUUUUGAGGAGCAGAUUUCUGACAAUUAAGUUUCUUAGUUUAAUCUUGCUGGAGUGGUCUUCAAGGGAGUUAUGAAAGAAAUUCUACUUCUUUCUACGCGAUUGAUAACGUGUGAUUUCACGAUGUCUGCAUAUCAUACUGUAUAUUUUUAGAAUAAAGCUAUUGAGUAUUCUAU